AUGGACACGUACCUCAAUGUCUACAAGGGCUACUACUUCACUGGCGAUGGCGCGGGCCGGGAUCAUGAGGGCUUCUACUGGAUCCGCGGCCGUGUCGACGAUGUCGUGAACGCCGCCGUUGUCGGUGUAGCGGAUGAGCUUACAGGCCAGGCUGUCAACGCUUUCGUCGCUAUCAAAGACGGCAAUGAGGCGUCGGAUGCGCUCCGAAAGGAAUUCAUCCUACAGGUCCGCAGGAGUAUCGGGCCCUUCGCCGCCCCCAAGGCGGUGUAUAUCGUACCCGACCUCCCCAAGACGCGCAGCGGUAAGAUCAUGAGGCGUAUCUUGAGGAAGAUUUUGGCUGGCGAGGAGGACCAGCUCGGCGAUAUCACCACGGUAUGCACGGCUGCCCCACAUGCUGCUCCUUGUUGUCUCGGCCUUGACUGA